AUGCCACCAAAGAAGAAACCUAAAACCAAAGAAGAAAUAAAAGAGCAGAAACGAAUUGCAGAAAGAUUAAGAUAUCAACGGCUAAAGAAUGACCCUGUAAAAAGAGACCAAUUGAAGGAAAAAGAACGACGAAACUACCAAAGAAAGAAGGAAAAAGGUAUAAGGAAGUCAGUUAAAUAUAUGAGUCGACGUGAACACAAAGCUGUGACUAAAGAAUGGAGAAAGCACUGUGCUACAUAUCGCGCAAAAAAAAGCUUUAAAAGAAAUUACAAACAAUUUUGUACGACAUAA